GGUUGCUGAUCCGGUGGUGAAGCACGCGCAGUACGCGGAGGUGCCCGUCCAAACAAAACCUUCUCUCGCCUUCCUCGCAAACCGUCUCCGAGUAGGCACCCUACUCAAAAAUCCAUCCUCCUCCCUCACGCUUCCGAGCAACACCAUCGCUCGUCUCCGAGAACCCACCACCCACUAGACCGCCUCGCCGGCCGCUCCCCUGCUUCCGCCGCCGCCGCCAUGGUGCUCAAGGCGACGAUGAUCUGCGUGGACAACUCGGACUGGAUGCGGAACGGGGACUAUCGCCGGUCGCGGUUCGCGGAGCAGUCCGACGCCGUCGCCACCAUCUGCAACGCCAAGAUGCAGGCGAACCGGGAGAGCUCGGUGGGGGUGCUGGCCAUGGCAGGCAGGGGCGUCAGCGUGAUCGUCAAGCCCACCGACGAUAUCGGCAAAGUCCUCGCACGCAUGCACGGUUCAGGGCUGCAAAUUGGUGGUGAAGCAAACUUGACUGUUGCUAUCCAGGUUGCCCAACUUGCACUUAAGGAUCGGCAGAACAAACAGCAGCAGCAGAGAAUAAUUGUUUUCGUUGGCAGCCCAGUAAUAGAUGAUAAGGAUGUGCUAGAGGCAAUCGGGAAAAAGCUGAAGAAGAACAAUGUUGCUCUUGAUGUUGUUGACUUCGGUGAGUCUGACGGUGAAAAGCAUGAGAAACUAGAAGCUCUUGUUGCUGCAGUGAGUAGUGGUGGCAACAGUCAUAUAAUUCAUGUCCUUCCAGGAGAAGAUUUCCUUUCUAAUGUCAUCCUCAGUUCAUCAAUAUUAGCAGAAGACCAAGAAAGUGUUUUGGCUGCAGGUUUUGAAUUCGGUGUGGACCCAAAUGUAGACCCAGAGCUGGCACUAGCGUUUCAGGUCUCUAUAGAAGAAGAGAGAGCAAGGCAAGAAGAUGCUGCAGAAGAAUCCUCUGAAACUAAAAGCACAGGCCAAUCUUUGACCUCGAAUGAUGACAUUGUUAUGGCUGACGCAGAAUCUAAACCAAACCCAUAUACUGAAGACAAGAGAAAUCUGCAGACAGUAUGCUUAGUGUCAUUCAGCUAAUCCAAUCUAUACUUCCGUAAAACUAUACACUGUGAAACCACCUCAGCCAGAAGGGUGAGGUGGAUCAUUGCAACAAGCUUGUGCGAUGUUGAUAGAAGAUGGCAACCAUGGAACUUUACGACUGUUAGGUGUUGCAGAUGAGGUGGAAUUAGUUCUUCAGACGUCUGUUCAGGAAGAAGAAACUGGCAAUCAAUCUGACAUGAGUGAAGUGUUUGGGGAUCAACCAUUUGCGCAAUCUGUCACUUUUGCACUUCCUGGUAUCAACCUUGACAAUCUAUCUAACAAGGAUCUGCAGGAAUGGCAUGAAUUAUUGAUUGGCCCGAGUGAGGCAAAGAAGCAACGCAAGAAGCAUAAAAAGAAGCAACACAAGAAGCGUGAGGACUGAGGAGAAGAAAGAUGAACCUGAGGGUGACAAAAGUCAAUAGUUAGCUGCCCCUUGCAAGCUCCAUUGUGGGAUUUGACUGAAACUCUCCAUCGUGCCUGUGCAGCUCUGCUGUGCAACUACUGUAAGUGUGUGCCCGAUGAUUUCCGGGGGUUUUCUUCUCAGUAUAUAGUGGUCAGUGGAUCCAGCUUUGAGAUGGAAGUGGUGGUAGCUUUACCGUCAGCUUUCACUUAGCAUUCUCGAAAAUUGAUCAAAGGAAUGUUCUGUACUGGAUCUGACCGUUUCUUGAGGUUGACCAUGACCACUGAUGGAGAUGGGAGAGCAGAUAGUAGUCUGUUGGGAGAGAAGUUACAUUACAUUGGUGUAUCCUUUGGAUGUCUGACCUUUCUGAAUUCUCAUCAUAUCGCCGCUGCAGAACAAUGUUACCAUGAAUAUAAACUGUUAUGCGAGAGGCAACAUUAGGAC